CGUACCACUGUGAUAGUUACAUAUGAAGCUGUUAAUUAUAAUAGGAUUGGCUGUAGCUGUCUGCGGUGCUAAAAAGUGGCAGAAGAGGAGGUUUCCCGAUGACUUCCUGUUCGGCACAGCGACUGCUUCUUACCAAAUAGAAGGGGCAUGGAACGCAGAUGAUAAAGGCGAGAAUAUUUGGGAUCGCGUGACCCAUACAAACCCCGGCUACAUUACAGACAGAAGCAAUGGCGACAUCUCUACCGACUCAUACACGAAUUACAAAAGGGACGUGGAGAUGAUGAGGCAACUCGGCGUGAACGCGUACCGGUUCUCUCUGUCCUGGUCGAGAAUCCUGCCCAAUGGUCUCACCAACCGGAUAAGCAAGGCUGGCCUUACUUUCUACAACAACUACAUCGAUGAAAUGGUGAAAUACAACAUUACGCCAAUAGCAACCUUGUACCAUUGGGAUCUACCCCAGAAGCUGCAGGAUCUCGGCGGAUUUAUGAACCCCCUUUUCGUAGAGUGGUUCGAAGAUUACGCGAGGGUUGCCUUCGAAAACUUCGGGGACAGAGUCAAGCACUGGAUCACGUUUAACGAACCAAGAGAAAUCUGUUUUGAAGGCUACGGUGCUGAUGCGAAAGCUCCAGUUGUGAACCGCACUGACAUUGGAACGUAUGUUUGCGCGAAGAAUCUAGUUCUCGCGAAUGCAAAUGCUUAUUAUGCUUACGUGAACGAUUUUAAGCCAGAGCAAGGUGGUGUUUGCGGUAUCACCAUCAGCAUCAACUGGUUCGGACCGUUAACUAAUUCGUCGGAUGAUUUGUUGGCUGCUGAAGUCAAAAGGCAGGCUGAGUGGGGCCUGUACGCAGAACCAAUUUUCUCCGCAAACGGAGGAUUCCCUCCGGAAUUCUCCGAAAUCGUAGCGAAGAAGAGCGCGGAACAAGGCUACCGAAGAUCUCGUAUGCCAGAAUUUACUGAUGAAGAGCGGGAAUUCGUCAGAGGCUCGGCGGACUUCUUCGGAGUUAAUCAUUAUACAGGAUGUCUUGUGUCAGCCACGCAGUACAAGAGGGUGUAUCCUGUACCCUCGUUGUAUGACGAUGCGGGUGUGGGGCUCUACGUGCCGCCGGAAUGGCCGAAAUCCGCUUCGUACUGGUUAACACUAUCGCCAAACAGUCUGUACAAUGUCCUAACACACCUCCACAAGAAAUAUAACGGUCCAACGAUAUACGUGACAGAGAACGGUUGGUCCGGAAGCCCGGCGAAUGGAUAUUACAUUGACGAUGGCAGGGUCACGUAUUACCGGGCGCUGUUGAACGACGCGUUGGACGCUAUGGAAGCUGGCGUUCACCUCCGAGGAUAUAUGGCUUGGAGUUUGAUGGACAACUUCGAAUGGAAUCAGGGUUAUUUGGAACGGUUCGGUCUCUACGAAGUGGAUUUCGAAAGCGAAACCAGAGAACGAAGGCCAAGGAAAUCUGCGUUCGUGUACAAACAGAUCGUCAAGACUCGGGUGAUCGACCCGAAUUACGAACCCAAAUCCUUCAUCAUGACAAUCGAUAAAGGACAUUGAGUCUACUUAAUACAUUAUUUAUUUAUUGUUUUUACUAGUUUAGUAGCAGUAACCUGCCAGGCUUCGUCGCGACACGAGCGGCGGUUUCCUGAUGAUUUUCUUUUCGGAACUGCGACCGCUUCCUACCAAAUAGAAGGAGGAUGGAAUGCAGAUGGUAAGGGUGAGAACAUAUGGGAUCGCAUGACUCACACAAACCCCGACGUCAUCAAAGACAGAAGCAAUGGCGACGUCGCCGCAGACACAUACAAUAACUACAAACGCGACGUGGAAAUGAUGAGAGAGCUUGGCCUGGACGCGUACCGUUUCUCAUUGUCCUGGUCCAGGAUCCUACCCAACGGACUGUCCAAUAAAGUCAGCGAAGCCGGCGUUAACUUCUACAACAACUACAUCGAUGAAAUGCUCAAAUACAACAUUACCCCAAUGGUGACUUUGUACCACUGGGACUUACCCCAAAAACUGCAGGACCUAGGUGGAUUCAUUAACCCAAACAUCGCCGAUUGGUUCGAGGAUUACGCAAGGGUGGUAUACGAGAAAUUCGGCGACAGAGUCAAGCACUGGAUUACAUUUAACGAGCCGAGGGAAGUAUGUUACCAGGGUUACGGUGACGUCACUAAAGCUCCUAUUUUAAACGCGACCGAUGUGGGUACUUAUCACUGCGCGAAGCAUCUAGUUUUGGCUCAUGCGAAGGCUUAUCACGCUUACGCUAACGACUUUAAGCCGACCCAGGGUGGCGUGUGCGGCAUCACGAUCAGUGUCAACUGGAUGGGACCCUUAACAGAUACGGAAGAAGAUAAAUUCGCUGCUGAAUUAAAAAGGCAAGCUGAUUGGGGUCUAUGGGCCGAGCCAAUUUUCUCCGAAGAAGGUGGCUUUCCCAAGGAAAUCUCCGAAAUAGUUGCGAGGAAGAGCGCAGAGCAAGGCUACUCCCAAUCUCGCAUCCCAGUAUUCACUGACCAAGAGAGAGAACUCGCGCGGGGGUCGUCGGACUUCUUCGGAGUGAACCAUUACACAGCCAACCUUGUCUCGGCCAGUGAAUAUAAAUUUAACUGGGUUAUCCCUUCGCUAUACGCCGAUAUUGAUGUUGGUACCUACACGCCACCAGAAUGGGAUCAAGCUGCUUCGGUUUGGUUGAGGCUCGCACCAAACAGCAUUUACAACGCCUUGACUCACCUGCACAACAAGUACAACGGUCCAGUGUUCUACAUCACUGAGAACGGAUGGUCGCAAUUAUUGGAAGACAGAUACGAGGACGACCACCGGAUAAAGUACUACAGGGCAGCUCUGAACAGUGUUUUGGACUGUUUGCACGACGGCGUAGACCUAAGGGGUUAUAUGGCUUGGAGUUUGAUGGACAACUUCGAAUGGAUGGAGGGAUAUACUGAACGAUUCGGCCUCUACGAAGUGGACUUUGAAAGUGAGCAGAAGACUCGCACACCGAGGAAGUCUGCGUUUGUUUACAAGGAGGUCAUCAGGUCGCGAGUGAUCGACCCGGACUAUGAACCUGAGACCCGCACCAUGUGGAUCGACGAGGGCCACUGAAUCUACACUAACCAUGUUUAAUUGUUGUAAAUAAAUUGUUAUUUAUAUCUGUUACA